AUGGAAGAGUCAAGAAACAACGGCGAAGUUGCUUCUCAAUACAUUGUCCAUAUCCGUGUUCAACAGCGUAAUGGUCGCAAAUCUUUGACCACCGUUCAGGGUUUGGACCCCAGAUUUGAUGCUAAGAAAAUCGUACGCGCUAUGCAAAAGAGAUUCAACUGUAACGGUACGGUCGUUGUUGAUUCUGAGCUCGGUCCAAUUCUUCAACUGCAAGGUGACCAGAGGCAGAAUGUUCAGGAGUUCCUGUUGGGUGAGUACAUUGUAACUGAAAAUGAGUUGAGGAUUCAUGGUGCCUAA